GUUUAGUGUUUACGGUAUGGCGUGGAUUUGGAGAGAGAUGAGAGAAGAUAUAUUUCAUUUUCUCUUUCAUAUCUCGGCUACAUAUUGUCGACGGCAGAGAAUGGACUGGAAUUGACACCGAUCAUGAUGAUAAAGUGUACCAGGUCCAGAGUCCAGACAGUGUCGCCUCGGAUUGACACGGUGCGUGCGCGCGUUGAAUCUCAUGCUGCCUCUUCUCCCUCUCCCUCCACCUCUCGUCUUGUCUCUCUCCUUUUCUCCCUUCCAUCCUCUCUCCCUCCCACCAUCUCGCUCCUCUCCCGACAUGGCUAAGACAUACCGUUACUCACGCGUCUCUCCUACUAUCCAUUGAUGCCUCCGCCGUCGCGUAACUCGUGCGUGCUCCUCUACGUGCAUUUGGCGUCGCGCGCGUGCAAGGACGCGUGCCUUCAUCACCGUGCAAUCAGAGGGACGAGGCACGCCGUGCAUCCCGAAGGACCAUCACGCUAGAAGGUUAGGAUUUGCGUAAAUGAAAGACGUUAGAUGAGGAAGUUCGCGAGACCGCCCGAAUUGCAGUCAGGUUGCCGUGAUCGUGAAUGUCACAAGAUUUAAUGCCACGUGAGGAGCCUUGGCAAGAUGACUCGCCACAAGACGUGAGCCAGCAUAUCAUUUUAUAAUCUAACGAUUGUGACGAGAGAGUGACGUCAUCAAUGUGCCAGUAUUACGCUUCGGAGAUACGGAGAAUAAUUUUAAGAUCCUUAGAAGCGGAGAUGUUAUACGACAUCGCAUACAAGUGCUGACGACCAUUACUAUGCGAUGUCACGUUCGCGUACGCAAUAGUAGCUGGAUAAAUAUUUCUGACGACAUAGUUUUGUCGAUAUUACGGGGAAAUAAGACUCGCCAGAAUGGUGGGUAGCAUGCCCAGCGGAUGGAUGAGGAGGGUUCUCCUCUUUCUCGUCCUGAUGACCGGAGUUCUGCUGAUCGCCAUGUACGCUCAUGCUCCGCCGCUCGCAUCGCUGCAGCCGUUUGCUACUCGUCGAAGACUAGAGGACUUGCAACGCGGCUUGGUUAAUUACCUGAUGGGUAAUGAAACCACCAUCGGACCUGAGGAACGGCUUUACGAGUAUCUGGAAGAGCCUAGGACAUUUCAAAGUCCAUGGUCCUGGGCGUGUGUGGCAAAUCGAUGCGAGAGGCGAGCAGUAAGAUCCUCGAGGACGUCCUUGGCGACCUGCACCGCGCAUUGUGGAGGGAACACUCGUCUAUUGUGGCCCAGACCGACUGGAAAUGUCAUCCUCGGCGAUGACAGUAUCAUCCUACAUCUUCAGCAAAUCGAAUUCGUCACUGUCAAUACGAGCGAUCAGGAGACGAAGGAUCUGCUGGAGAAUGCAAAGGAUGUUUUCAUCGGGAACAUCAGAAGUCUGAUCAAAGUAUUGAAUGCCAAAAGUCGAUCCGGUAUCGACACGUUCAUCAUAUACCUAAGCGCCGGUAAUGCGCGGGGCACCACUCUGUCUCUGGACACCGACGAGUCGUAUAAGCUGGAACUUGCAUCAAAAGGGAAGAUCUUGGAGGCAAGGAUCACGGGCAAAAGUUAUUUCGGGGUACGACACGGCCUCGAAACUCUCAGUCAAUUGAUCUGGUGGGACGAGGCUGCCGGCAAGCAGGGUGCUCUUCGCGUUCUCGCACGAGCCUCUAUUGAGGACAAACCCACAUUCCCUUAUCGCGGCCUCCUAGUCGACACCGGCAGGCAAUUCUUUCCCGUCGAGGAGCUAAAGAGAGUGAUCGACGGCAUGGCGGCUACGAAGCUCAAUACUUUUCACUGGCAUCUCACCGAUUCUCAAAGUUUUCCUUUCGAUUCAGCGCAAUUUCCGGAGAUGGCGAGGUGGGGCGCUUACAGUGGCGAUCACAUUUACACACCCGAUGACGUGAAGGAUCUGGCCGAUUACGCGAGGAUACGCGGCGUCAGAAUCGUCGUCGAAAUCGAUUCCCCGGCUCAUGCCGGCGCCGGGUGGCAAUGGGGUGCGGAACAUGGUUUCGGCGAGUUAGCGUUAUGCGUAGACCAACAACCAUGGUCGUCAUAUUGUGGCGAGCCGAACUGCGGCCAAUUGAAUCCUAUAAACGAGCACUCAUAUCGGAUACUCGAAGGCCUGUACCGGGAGCUGUUGGACCUCACCGAAGUGCGCGAUGUAGUGCAUCUUGGUGGCGACGAGGUAAACCUCGAAUGUUGGGCGCAAUACGGCAAUAUUACUUUGGCAAUGCAGGCACAGAAUAUGACGGAUCAUCACGCGCUUUGGGCGGAAUUCGAGACGAAGAUGCUGCAACGAUUGAUCCGGGCGAAUCACGACAAAGUGCCGAAGGCGGUGAUUCUAUGGAGCUCGCCGUUGACCAAGAGGCCGUACAUCACGAUGUAUUUCGAUCCGAAAAUUCAUGUCAUUCAAUCCUGGGGCGGCAGCAACUGGCCGGAAACGCCAGAUCUGCUGGAGGAUGGCUACCGCGUAAUCCUGUCGCAUGUGGACGCGUGGUACCUGGAUUGCGGCUUCGGCAGGUGGCGGGAGAGCGGCGAAGCUGCGUGUGGCGAAUAUCGUACCUGGCAAACUGUCUACAAUCAUCGUCCGUGGAGAGACUAUCCGCCGCAGCAGCUGCCUCUGGUGCUCGGUGGUGAGGCGGCGAUCUGGAACGAGCAAACCGGACAAUCAUCCUUGGGACCUCGACUAUGGCCCAGGGCAUCAGCAUUCGCUGAACGAUUAUGGAGCGACUUACCGACGAAUAGUUACUCCACGGAUGAAAACGUUUACACUAGAUUGGCUACUCACGUCGAAGUUCUAAACAGCAGAGGCAUCAAGACAGAAUCUAUGUGGCCGUAUUGGUGUUCCCAGAAUCCCGGUAAAUGUCUCUGACCUCUGAUCGUUAGAAAUUCGCGAACUAUCGAUCAGCCGUCCCACGAGUGCUGUACCUACAGUACUGAUAAUCGUAUGAAAACGGGACACCUUAAGAAAAGACGAUGUCUAUCACAAGCCUUGUCGAAAUCGAUUUCGUCCGACGCGCAAUUACAUCGCGUAUUCGUGAUUCACGGGAUUUCUCGAUAACAGACCGGCGACAAACUUGACAAUCGUUCCUGCUCGAUAAAUCAUUCGAUGCUGAAUUUUCACCAUUCCCGAGAUGUGGCAAAUGCCGAAAAAGUUUGUGAGGCGUUCGUUGAAUAGUAUCGAAUAAUAAUCACGAAUAAUAAUGGGUCAAAAAACUAUCUCAUUUAUGCACUUUCUGCGUGUGUAAUGUACGCAGAAAUGCUGAAGCUGAAAUUAUAUAAACGACAACAGAUAAGUUGUGAAUUUAAAUUGAUAUGUAUUAACCUGAAUAUAUAGUUUGUAAUGUAGGACAAUUGAACUUCUUUUAAAAAAUGUUUUGGGAGCUUAGUUUUAUAAACAUCUACUUAACAAAAAUUGCAGUCAAGACAUAAAGUAAAAAUUGUUUCGAGAUAAAAUGCUUUCGCGAUUAUUAAUUAUUACGGUGUCCAAGUUUGAAUUGUGCAUUAAAUAUUGCAAAUCUUUUAGUCUCGAUGUCUAAACAAUAUUCUGUCUAAAUAUACUUUUGAAUUUUUUUAAAAUUAGACGCAAAAUUUAAAAUUAGGCACAAUAAUUGUUUUUCAUUUAUCGUAUGUUUUAUUUUUUCCAGUAUUGAAUUGAUGAAAUUCUGAAUGAUACUCUGCUAUAGGAUAUUAAUCAUUUAAUCAUAUUAUACUGCAUGAUAAUGCGUAAUUGAGACAAAUUGAGAUAAUUGCGCGCUGUGUUCUAAUAUCGAGAAAUGACAAAACACCGUUGAUAAAUUAGAGCAAGGAGAGCGUCCUUGAACCAACGAAUGAUAUCGGAUAAGAUGGCGCAUCGUUGUCUCAUAUAUGUUAUCAAUGCGUAAGAAGCUUAUUGUCGCGUUAUUUCUCAAAAUUUACAAAUCUAAGAUACCAAUGACGACGGACUAUCAUGAUUUUACGAUUAGUCUUGACGCUACGACAAAAAGAAAUUUUAUAUUGUGUAAUUUAUCUUUCUAAAUCGAAAUUAUAUUAUUGAAAGUAUAGAUAUGACAAAUAAUGAAGAAAGCACACCAUCGUCGUGUUGAUACCAUGAUAUGGACAUUGAAAGAAAGAAAGAGAGAAAGAGAAUGUAUGUGUGUGUAUCUAUUUAUGAUUGAUCUGUAUUACAGAUUGUGUAUAAUGAGAACAUUUGAUAUGAGUGAGAUUCGCUGAUCUGUCGGCGUACGACGCUGACGAACUUUCUACUUAUCUCUCAACGCAAAAAUGCUCAGGGCAGAGUAUAAUUGUCGAAUGAUUUUUAUGCUCGCGCGGAGGAUGAAGGAUACGUUUUCGAGGAUGUUUCCAAUCUAGGAAAAAGGUGAUUUACGUAAGAUUCUAGACCAGCUAUGUCAAAUUGCAUUCUCUAAUAUUACAGGGCAUAUAUCUAAUAUAUUUCUCUCAAAUUUUAUUUUUCUAUAAAAUAUACUGAAUUAUUGUCAUAAAUUAAAAAUGCAAUUAAUUUAUCUGACUUCAAAUAUUGAUUUAUUAUAUAAUUUGAGAUUUAAAAAUUUAAAGAAAUCACAUUGCUUGUACUAUAUUAUUUUAUGUUUUUCUUUUACAUGAUCUGUAUUUAUAUCGAGUCAUCGAGAUUUCGUCACCAUAUUGUGACUUUUAAUCGAAGCCUGCGUUCAUAAUAUAAUGUUCAUCACGCGAUGAAUAUUCUGAUAGAACGCAAAAAAGCUCACCCGAUUAUAAUAAUUUUGACACGAUUUAAAUGAUGUGAAUAAUUAUGGCAGAGAAACAACCACACAUAAAAUUCGUCCCCCUUGUUUCGUGUAGUACAACAUGGCCUAUGAAGAAAGGAAACACGAGUGAUCCGCGAAAAUUUGUAAAUACUUUGUAACGACGUAGGGAGCAACGUAUAUUAUUUAGAUAGAUAUGUAGAUAGAAGAAUAGCUAGCCAAUUAGGUAAAUCGAUAGAUAGAUAUUUAGACAAGUAAGUAGACAAAAAGACGAAACGUUCACAAGAAACGAUGAGGGUAUGAAAUAAUAAUGUAAUGCAAGUUUAGAAAAAAAAGAUGAUGGGAUAUCUGUACUUACUGAUAUCAAUGGCUGUAAGAGGAGCUAAUUUUCUUGUGCGUUUGCAGAUAUAAUAUAUGCGAUUUCAAUAACAUUAGUAUUAAAUGUCUAUGUUAAUCAUUCUCGAUUAUGAUGCUAUAAAAUAUAAAUGCGAAAAAAUAUAAAUAAUAAUAAAACAUAAAUAAUUAGUAAAACUAAUUACUAAAUAAUUAGUAAAAAUAAUAUGGUAAAAGUUUUUUGUUUAAAUCAGAUAGCACUUAUCUUUUUGAAUGAUUUUGUGGCAUUUACUAAGUUAUAUUUAAUAUACAAUUAAUAUAUUUAUUAUAUAUAUAUAUAUAUAUAUAUAUAUAUAUAUAUAUAUAUACAUAUAUAAUAUUUAUAAUUAAAUAUAUAAUAUUUAUUAUAUAUUUUAUUAUAUAUUAUAUUACAAUGUUAUAUUACAAUGUUAUAUAUUAUAUUACAAUGUUACAUAUUUUAUUAUACAUAUCAUGAUGUAUCAUUAUUUUAUUAUAUUAUUUUAUUUGUAAUAUCUUUGAUGUCAUAAUAUCAGAUGAAUAAUAUAGACAUUGAGAUUUUAAAAUUACAGUUAUAUGUAUACGCACAUGAAUUACUCCUCCGGUUAUUUCUUAUGUCGUGUUCGUUUUAAUCGCAGUGAAUGAAACAGAGUUCGAUAGAUAUGGGAAUAACGUUAUGUGUAUAACGAAAAUGUUUCACGAUCUUGUAAACAACAAAAAAUUUAUGGCGAUUAGAACGGUGAUAUUUACGGUACGUAUACUUACGUUAUGCGACUCUCUUCGGUCCGCAACGAUGAAUGUAUGUAAAUAAGACACAGUUUUGUGUGUAUGGGUAUGUAUGUGUGUAUAUGUUCUCCGAACUGAUCCCAGAAAGAUAUACUCUGUUAUGACGUGUCUCCUACACGGAUUUAACAUAAAAUGAAUUUUGAAUACAUCA